AUGGUCAGGGCAUGCUAUGGCCUUGGAGAGAUUUGGACACAAUCCGGACCGUUACCAUUCCACUUGCCAUUAUUCAAGGUCAAGGGGGCACUCGACUGUCCUGGGGCCAUUGGCAGAAUUCCCAAGGGAAACAAUGAUCCAUUUUCUCCUCUAGUAAUUUACAAUUUUAUGAAGGGAUCCACAGAAGAGAAUAUGAUCAAAGGCGAGGUACCAUAUGGUCUGUUCCUCAUCUUUGCCGCUUUCAACAAGGAUCCUCAUUAA